UUAGUGUUGUGUUGUCAUAAAAUUGCGACUAAAUUUUGAAAAAUAUUUGUGAGAUAUAUUUUGGCACUCAAUUAAAAGCAUCAAAUUGAAACAGUGAUUACAAUUAUUACAAAAAAAAUCAAAGUUAUGUCAGAAAAUGUCGGUCACAUGUGUUCCCGAUGAAGACAAUUGUUUCACUUUGGACUCAAUAGUCAAGGCUUUGCGCACCGGUAUAGCCGAAGAACAGGUGUGGGCUGUCAUUCACCAGUCAUUGAGUGCACUCAAAGAAGAUAUCAGUCAAGACCUGGACAGUCGUUAUUUCAGAAAUCCCGACAAAAUAUAUAUAAAAACUAACGGAUGUGUCCAUACAAAGACUUGGAGUAGAUUUGUGUCUCAAGACUAUGACAACAGUUCUGUGUCUGUAAUGACAGUCAUGUCUUCAUUGGCACCACUCAUAUACAAAGCUCUGGACUACGAUUCCAAUGAAAAAGAAGAAGUGUGUGUCACUAAAGAAUUAGAAAACGCCUUCGAAUUGUUGAUGAAUGAAGAGAUUGAUGAAGGAAUCGAUGAGAACGAAGAGAUACAAGUUUUGAACCAAUUGCUAGAUAUUUGUUGCAAUCGUACGGAUAGUGAUGACCACUACCGCAGCGUUUGUCGAGCUUUGGUGGCCGAAGCUAUCGAAAUAUCGACAUUUCUGAAUAAAAUAUCAUUUGGUACCCAAAAGUUGAACCAAUUGAAUACUAUGAUCGCUGAAAACAAUGAAGACAAUGAUGAUGUUCACGUCGAAGUGUGGGCUCAUCUCUGGAUGAAAGUGAUGCGACAGCUGAGGGAUGGGACGACUCUCAAAAAUAUUAAUACAUCGCCACAACAAACGGCAGCUAAUAUCAAACAAAGAGAGUAUGAAUUGACUCCCUAUGAGAUGCUAUUGAAUGAUAUCAACUCAAGAAGAUAUUCGCUAAAAAAGGUGAUAAAUCUGCCGAAACGGGUGGAAAAAGACGCCCGAACUUUGAUUAUGGAUUUUAUUAGAUCGCGACCACCAUUGAGACCAGUAUCGGAACGGGUAUUGAAUCCAAUCGCUGAAAAAGAGAAGACACUUCACGAAAAGCUGAUGAAUGAUAUAAAACAAGAACAUCAUCUGAAACCAAGUCCUCAACCAUUUGAAAGAAAAUUUGAUUCAUUUCAUUAUAUGCCACGAAAACGAUUUUCAUUACUAAACGAAACAGAAAUAUCUUCUAAUAGCAGAAGAUCUUCUUCUUCGUCAUCGAAAAAUGAUUUCCAGAGGUUUUCAUUUAGGAAUCUAUCGCUCAGAAGCGGUGCCAUCAAUAGGAUAGCCAUUCUUAAGCCGAACCCAGAGUCGACAUACCAGACAACACCGCAAAGCAAACACAUCCGAUCGGGAGAGAAGUCGAGACGGAUGUCAUUUCUGGAGAAAAUCUGGUUAAAUAUCUGGUAAUAAUUAAAUAUAGAGUUUUAUUAUUAUUUUGUGCAUAAAUUUUUGAUUCAUUUUUUAAGCCAAAGAUUUUGUUAAUGUGUAAUAAAUUUUUAAAAUAAGUAUUGAAUACUUAUUUAAUAAUUUAGUUACAGUUUAAUACAUAAUUACUGUGUAUUGAUUUUAUUUAUAU